ACCAUGAUUUAAAAAUGGAAUUUAAAACUAUCCUUUCUGGUAUUUAAACAGUGAGAAGCACAACUGACGUUUCGCUUCUUGAAUUCGUUUACGUAUGUAAAUGUGGACUAUAAACAUGUAAUUAGUGGCGUGCCAAUUCAAACAUUUACAAAGGGUGCUGCUGUGUGAUGAUGAAUAUAUCAUUCUGUGGGUGUGGAUUUCUCGGCAUCUACCAUAUUGGUGUUGCAAAGGCAUUGCUAAAACAUGCACCGUCAUUCUUAUCCAAGAUUGAGCGUGUAGGUGGGGCUUCAGCCGGUGCCUUGAUAGGCGCACUUCUAGUGUGUGAACCCAAUAAGCUUGACGUGUGUAGAGACUUCAAUCUUGGCCUUGCCGACGAUAUACGGAAGAAGCCGCUUGGAGCUUUGACACCAAAUUUCAACUUGCUCGAUCCGGUAAAAGAGUUCAUGGACAAACAUAUGCCAGAAGACGGUUAUAAGAAAGCCAACAAUGUUUUGUUUAUAUCAUUGACCAAGUUUGAGAAAGGUUUACCACACAAUGAAGUGUUUUCAACUUAUGCUUCAAAUAAGGCUUUGAUUGAGUGUUUAAUCGCAUCUUGCUACAUUCCGGUUUAUGCUGGCGUUAAAUUCCCUGUUAUUGAUGGCAAUAUGUACACAGAUGGGGGUUUGAUGAACAAUUUGGUUACGUUCAAAGAGGGAAAAACUGUAACGGUAUCUCCAUUCUGUGGAAACCAGGACAUAGCCCCAACUGACGACAAAGGUUUAGGAUGGUUUUUUAGGAUUAAAAAUCAAACGUUUCAAUUUAACAAAAGUAAUGGGACUAGAGGUGUGCAUGCUGUUUUCCCGCCACAUAGGGACAUUCUUUUGGAGUAUCAUGAAACUGGAUAUUCAAAUGCUGUGUCGUUUCUGAAAAAAGAAGGAUAUUUUGAGAAAUAUGAUGUGUAAAACAUUUUUACAUUUGAAAAAUUGUCAGGGACUAUAUGAAUAAGAAAAGUAUAGCCUCUGGUGAUUUAAGAGAUAUCCAUUUGCAUACAAUCUUCUAAAAGAUAUGACACGUGCUGGGAUCAAACUACUAAAAUCUAGUCUUUUGUCCGAAUAUCUUUUUUGUUGUUUUGAUUUAAGAAAUAAUAUACAGUGUAUCUCA